GGAAAAGGCCCACACUGGAGAUGUGUGCGCGCACAUGCGUGCCCAGCCCUAUCCGCGCACAGCCCGCGCCCCCGGCUCCGAGCGCGGGUGCGUCCAGCGCACGCUGAUUACCGCUGAGACGACCCCUGGGGCAGGGGCGGCGGCGCGAGCAGCCUUCCCGGCAGGACGGCUGCACCUCUCGCAGUCAGCCCCCUCCUCGCCUGGGCCGCUCCGCAGGCACCUGGCGGGCAAGGAGGGGGUCGAGGCAGGCGUUCAGAACCCCGGCACUAGCAGGAGCGCCUAAAUCGCUGUCUCCUCUCCCCAAAAGCUGCGAGGACACACCGUGAGUCGACCCUCUCCGCGGGCCGCGCCGAGGGCUCCCCGCAAGGCAAGGGGCGCAGCUUCCCCACCUGGCGACCGACAGCGCUCGGGCGCGUGCGCGCUGCCGGGGGCGGGGAGAGGUGGGCGCGGAGGCAGGAGCGCGGGGCGCGCCGCGGGGCGUGAGGGGGACGGCGCGCCGGAGCAGGGGCCUCAGGCCGCCUGCCGCCCCCGCCCUCCGCUCCUCCUCCCUCGGCUCCUCCGCCCGUCCGCCCUCCGUGCGCGCAGGCUCCGCGCUUCCUCCGCGUCCUGGCGGAGUAUCCUUCGUCCCGACCCUACCGGAAGGCGGCGCCGAAGACCCGACCUACGGGGACCGCAAAUCCAGAGACCCACGCGCUCCCUCGGCGGGGGAAGCCCGACGCUCGGUUACAGCGUGAUUUGGGGCGACUGCUUUUCUUACCUCCAGAGCUGCCAUUUCCCUCUCUCUCAGAGCCAGACAUCGCGCUGGGAAAGCGGCUGGAUUUUAAUCUUUAAGACAAGUCCCUGAAGGGCGUGGCUGGCCGAGCGGCCCAGGAAAGUUGGCCCGGGCUGGGAGUGACUCGUUUUGUGCCUGAAGAGAGCGAGGGAGAAUGUGAGGGCAGCGCAUCCUCGGGAGGAGAUGUCUUUGAAACACCAUCCAUAACAGCAGUAGAAACACUUACGUGUUGCUUUGUUUUGUUUACGUCCUGAGUGGCUUUUCGGUGAAAUGCUAUUUUGGUUAAAGGAAGAAAUGGCCCCCGAGGAGCUCAGCCGGCGACUGGCCACAGUGAUCACUCAUAUCGAUGAAAUUAUGCAGCAGGAAAUCAGGCCCUUGGUGGCAGUGGACCUAAUUGAACAACUUCACAGACAGUUUGCCAUUCUCUCAGGAGGUCGAGGGAAAGAUGGUGCCCCCAUCAUCACUUUUCCAGAGUUUGUGGGGUUCAAACACCUCCCAGAGGAAGACUUCCUGAAUGUCAUGACCUACCUGACUAGCAUCCCCAGUGUGGAGGCUGCGAGCAUCGGAUUCGUCAUCGUUAUCGACCGGCGAAGGGACAAGUGGAGCUCCGUAAAAGCAUCAUUGACACGAAUAGCUGUAGCAUUUCCAGGAAACUUGCAGCUCAUAUUCAUCCUUCGUCCAUCUCACUUUAUCCAGAGGGCAUUCACUGACAUUGGCAUUAAAUAUUAUCGAGAUGAAUUUAAAAUGAAAGUGCCGAUCAUUAUGUUAAACUCUGUGUCUGACCUCCAUGGCUACAUUGACAAAAGCCAACUGACAGAGGACUUAGGGGGAACUUUGGAAUACCGCCAUAAUCAAUGGAUAAAUCAUCGAACUGCCAUUGAAAACUUUGCCAUGACAUUGAAGACCACUGCCCAGAUGCUCCAGAUGUUUGGGGUCUGCCUAGCCACAACAGAGCUACCCAGAGGCGUGCUGUCCACUGAAGACCUCCUCAUGUCCCACACGAGGCAGCGGGACAAGCUCCAGGAUGAGCUGAAAUUACUUGGAAAGCAAGGGACCACAUUACUGUCAUGUAUUCAAGAAACAGCAACCAAAAGUCCUACCAGCAAACUCAAUCCCAAUGAACUAGAGAAUGUAGCUACCAUGGAAAGGUUGUUACUUCAGUUGGAUGAGACAGAAAAAGCCUUUAAUCAGUUUUGGUCUGAGCAUCACUUGAAGCUUAACCAAUGCCUACAACUACAACACUUUGAGCACAAUUUUUAUGAGGUUAAGCUUGCCCUGAACAAUUUGCUGGCAGAGCAAGUAGAGUUUACAGACAUUGGAGACAGUGUGAUACGCGUGGAGCAACUUCUUAAGGAACAUAAAAACCUGGAAGGAAAAGGCGAGGAGCCCUUGGAAAAGGCCCAGCUGCUUGCAAUAAUGGGGGACCAGCUCAUCCAAAGCCACCAUUAUGCAGUCGACUCCAUCAGACCCAGAUGUGUAGAGCUCAGGCACCUCUGUGAUGACUUCAUCAAUGAAAGCAAGAAAAAGCAUGACAUUUUAGAGAAGUCCUUGGAGUUGCAUAGACAGCUGGACAAGGUCAGCCAGUGGUGUGAAGCAGGAAUCUACCUUUUGGCUUCCCAAGCUGUAGACAAAUGCCAGUCACGAGAGGGGGUUGACGUUGCCUUGAACGACAUUGAGGCAUUCCUGAGUACAGCGAAGGAGUACCAGUUGCCCAGCCACAUGGAGUUUUACAGCCAGUUCGAGUUGAUACUCACCAUUGACGUCAAGGCCAGAGCCCAGGAAGUCCUGCAGAAGCUGGGCGAUGUGCAGGAAAUAUUUCACAAGAGGCAAAUGAGUCUGAUGAAACUGGCCGCCAGACAAACUCGCCCAGUGCAACCUGUGGCCCCCCAUCCUGAGUCCUCCCCAAAAUGGGUGUCACCAAAAACCAGCCAGCCCUGCACCUUAGCUCCUCUUCAGAGGACAUCUGAGGAAACUUAUACAGGGACAUUGGAAAAGGAAGACGAUGAGACUAAAUUUGAAGUCAAAAAUGAAGAAAUACUGGAAGGCAGUCAUGAAGGGAAGAACCCUGAGCCAGAGCAGCCCGACAGUCAUGAAAGUCUUUCCCCCACCAGGCGCAUCAUACAUGACCUGCUUGAGACAGAAGAGAUUUAUAUAAAAGAGAUUAAGAGCAUAAUUGAUGGAUAUAUCACUCCAAUGGAUUUUAUUUGGCUGAAGCAUCUGAUUCCAGACGUUCUUCAGAAUAACAAGGAGUUUCUCUUCGGGAAUAUUAGAGAACUUUAUGAAUUUCACAACAGGACUUUUCUAAAAGAAUUAGAAAAGUGCACCGAAAACCCUGAACUUCUGGCACGCUGCUUUCUCAAGAGAAAAGAAGAUCUUCAAAUAUAUUUUAAGUACCAUAAGAAUCUGCCCCGAGCUAGGGCAAUCUGGCAAGAAUGUCAAGACUGCACCUUCUUUGGGGUAUGCCAGCGCCAACUGGAUCACAAUCUCCCUCUUUUUAAGUAUCUCCGAGGACCAAGCCAGAGACUUAUAAAAUACCAGAUGCUGUUGAAGGGUCUGCUGGAUUUUGAGUCUCCUGAGGAUUUGGGGAUAGACUCCGGUGACCAAGAAGGAGGCUUGGCUAAGAAUGGGCCAAAGAGGACCAAGGAUUCCGCAUUCUCAGCUGAACUACAGCAAGCUUUGGCCAUGAUGGAGGAUUUGAUCAAGUCCUGUGAGUUGGCUGUGGACCUGGCAGCAGUCACUGGAUGUCCGGACGAUAUCAGGAAACUGGGCAAGCUGUUGAUGCAUGGCUCUUUCAACGUCUGGACAGUCCACAAGGAUCGUUAUAAAAUGAAGGAUUUUAUCCGAUUUAAGCCCAGGCAAAGGCAAAUCUAUCUAUUUGAAAGGGGAAUCGUGUUCUGUAAGAUUCGAAUGGAGCCCAGUGACCAGGGCCUCGCUCCUCAUUACAGCUUUAAGAAAUCUAUGAAGUUGAUGACACUUUCAAUUCGCCAGCUUGGAAGGGGGAGCAGCCGAAAGUUUGAAAUUGCCAACCGAAAUGGACUCGAGAAAUACAUCCUGCAGGCAGCUUCAAAAGAAAUCAGAGAUUGUUGGUUUUCAGAAAUAAGUCAAUUACUGCUGGAACAACAAAACAAUAACAAAGCAAAGACAUUGGAGUGGAAUUUGUACCCUGGAUUGAAAAUAUGGAAAGAGCUACCAGCAGUAAGGAAGACCCAGUCCCCAGCAUACAUGGGAUUAAAGAUAUUUAUGAGGGUGAAGAUAAUGGCAAACAAAUCUCCCCCAAAUGCUGCUCCAGCAGAGAGUUUAUCUCCAUGGCAACCUCUGAGGAGCCUGAAGGUGCAGAAGAAAUGGAAAAGGAGAGCAGUGCUCUGAGUCUAUCCGGACUUUUCCAGUUGGACGACAGUUAUGAAACGUGUUCCUCCAAAUCUGUCCUGGAAACGGGAGAAAGCAUCCAGGGUAAGAAAGAAGGUGGCGACGAGGACCUGUGAGUGUGAAAGAGGAAAGAACAGUGAGCGAAUUGGUUAGCCAUUGCUCCCCUGACUCUCCUUGGAAUUUCAGGACGACAAACAAAACUAAUAAGCCAGUGUGCACCGGCUUGCUCGCCCCUGGGGGGGAGACGACUAAUCUGCGGGCAAAAGCAGGGCGGGCGCGGGAAGGAUGCCGCAGGACCCUCUUCCCCAGGGAACUGACACUGGUUCCAGACCGCAGCGGCUCCCGGCUCGGCCGAGCCGCCCCAGGCCGCCUUCGAUCCGGGCACAGGCUGCGGCGGGCGCUGGGGGCCGAGCCCACCCUUAACUAGAACGCGGCCAAGGGGCCUCGGACCCUCCGAAUCUGCCACCCUGGCGCGGGGGGAAGGGCCAGCAUCACCUUCCGGAAGCCCGAGGAAGGGUCCGCCGCCUGCCGGCGGAGCCCAUUCUCCCGGCGCCGGCGGCGGCGAACCUGGGAACUGCUCCCCACGCGCCUGCGCGAGCUCCGGGCUUUGGGAGCCGACGUCCGCCACCUCCCGGGCGGCCCCACACGCGCCUGCGCCGGCGCCGGGACUGGCAGACGCCCGCGACCCCCCGGGCUGCUCUACGCGCAUCUGCAGAGGUUAGCGGAGGCCAGUCCUGGAGGGCUCUGCCCAAGGUUGGCACUCUGACUUUGGGGGCUGGAUAAUUCUUUGUUGGGGAGGGGAGAGCUGUCUAGUGCAUUGUAGGGUAUUUGGCAGCAUCCCUGGCCUCUUCCCACCCACAAGAUGCCAGUAAAAUCCCUUUCCCACCCGCUCACCCAAAUUAUGACAAUCUUUUUAAAAAUGCCUUCAGACAUUGCCAAAUUUUUCCUCGGGUGGGAGUGGGGAGGUCUGUUGAGAAUCUCCCAUCCGAACCUCGGAGGAGCCGAAACUCUGCAGGGGCGGCCCUGUGCUCUUCUCCUUGAAUCCCCACAAGAAUGUUCCUGUGGUGUUUGUGUUACUUUGUUCCAGGAUUGUAUCCUUUCAGAGGGUUGGUUCCAAGUUAAUGUCUGAGGUAUUUCGUUUUAGAUUUAUUGGUUUUAAAAUUAGUUUGUUAUCUUUAGCUGUUUUUUAUUUUUCGUUUUGUUAGUUAUUUUUUAGUUAAUUUCUAUUUUUAGUUUUCUAGUUAUUUAAUUUUAUAGCUUUAAGGUUACUUUAUUUAUAAAUAUUGUUUUCAAGGUUAUUUCGUUUUUGAGUUAUUCAUUUUCAGUUUCUUAUUUACAGUUACUUUUAGUUAAUACAUUUCCAAAUUAGCUUUAGAAUUAUUUUAAAUUAUCUUUACAAUUAUUAAUAUCUGAGUUAUUUACUUUUAUAGUUAUUCUGUUUUUUAGUUAUUGGAGUUUUUUGAGUUAUUUAUUUUUACAGUUACUUAUUUGCCUACUAAAAAUUCACUGGAAGUUUUAAAACUAUUUUAGAAUUAUUUUCAGGAUAAAGUGUUUUUAGUUAUUUUAGAGUUUUUUCCCCUUGUUAAUUUUAGAGUUUCUUAUAGUCACAGUUAUUUAUUUUUAGUUAUUUUAGAUUUGGGGUUGUUUAUAUUCAUUUAUUAUCUUUUAGUUUUUUGGUUUUAAGUUAUUUUCAAUUGUUGCAUUUUUGAGCAUUAUAUUUCCUGAAUUUUUUAUUUUCAGAGUUUUUGAGAGAUUUAGUUUUGAGUUAUUUUUGGUUAUUCUCAAUUAUUACUUUUCAUUUACAUCUUUGCCACUUAAAAUUUUUUUCUGUUCUGUAUUUUUACUUAUUUCAUUUUCAGAUUUAUUUUCAGAAUUAUUUAGUGUUAGAAUCACUUAGUCUAGGGGAUCCAAACAAGAGAGAGAGACAACAUCAGUAAUUUUAACAGAGAGAAUUCAGUAUAAAGAAUUGUUAUCCAGCUAUUGGAAAUUUUAAGAGGAAAAAAAGUGAUAAGGUGAUAUCAUGGAGAUGGUAACUGCAAGACGCAGCUACCAAGGGCUGAGGGAGCAAAGGGAGGAGGUUGGAGGUAGCCCUGCAGAGCUGGGCUUAGCCCUCUGAGGAGGAAGUGUUGCUUGAUAGGACAGGUGUCCCAGGAGCUGGAAGUUGGUCUGGGAGCUGCCAGCUUGGUGCUGGUAUCUUUGAAGCAGGGGGGUGGGGGUGAUGAGGCUGGUUACGGAGGUGUUGGGAAAAUGGCCAACUGCAGCUACUGGAAUCAGCUGUUGUUCUCAGGGUGCAGACUGGUUGCUAGGAGGAUGCUGACAGGAACUCAGGCACACAGAGGUCCCCUGCUCCCCUCUUACAGCCUCUGGUCAGUCUGCUCUAUUGGCCGAGCCUGACAGAGAGUAGCUGGCAAAGGAGGUGAGUGGCCCCAGGCCCCAAAGCAGAGAUUAGAAGGGUGGGCUGAAAGCUGAGAAAUCUUGGCUAAUAACCAGCACACUGACCUCUGGAGUUGUUUACUUUUAGAGUUAGUUUUGGAUUUAGUUAGUUUUGGAAUUGUUAGCGUGAUUUGAUUUUAACUUUUCACUGGACGUGGGAUCUGGCUAAGUUUUUGAUUCCCAGAUUUGUUUCUGGAAUGCAGUGGGAACUUCUUAAACACCUGAGGACUGUCUCCCAUGUGACUCAAGAAAAUCACUUCAGAAUCAAGAAAACAAAAAUAAGUAUCUCACUUUGUUCAUAAAGAAGCCCUUUGACUUUGUGGCCAAAAAAGGGCAGAGACUAAGGGACAGACCAUCAGGGAGAGGCUCUUCGGCAAAAUUGUCCAACAGGGUGUUCUUUGAAAUUUUUCAGAAAGUUAUGUUGUGGAGCUACCCUCUUGUGCCCCUUUCCUAACAACAAAGUAUCAUUCUCAGUGGAGUGUGUUUCACAUUUGUAGACUACAAUAUUGAUUAUUUGAACACUAAAAAUAAAGUUCUUUCCAAAUCCAUAGGAAAUCUUAUCUCCUUCUACUUGCAUUUUUUUCCAACACACAUUAUUCCAUUCUGGCCAUAAAACAUUUAUUUGGUUGUUUAUUUGUUCAUUCUAAUCAAUACCUAUUUCCUGAGCACUCCUGUCCUCAGGAAGGUGCUGGCAUCAGGAGAGACCAGGAAGGCAUGACGAUGAGUGAGAAGCUCUCAGUACAGUUGGGAGAGACAGAUGAGGAAACAGAUCAUCACAACACAAUAUGACAAAUACUAUGGGGGCACGGAAUCCUGCCACUGAUUUCUGAUGUCAUCAGGGAUGGCGUGACAUCUGGGCUAGGUCUCCUGGAGCAGGUGUUUUCUCCAGGUGGAGAAGGAGAAGGACAUCCUGGUCGUGCACAGGCACAGAGGCAUGGAGGAGCUAUGCAUGGCAGGGAGGAUGCAUUGACAGAGGCCACUGGGCCACAGGAUUCAGAAAGGUACUAGCAUUAGGGCUGGCCAAGCACUGGCCCUGGUGCUUGACAGAUAGGACUUCAUUUGGUCCUCACAGCCAGUUUGAAAAAGAGUAGGAAGCAACCUCAAGAGUCAAUGCUCUUCCUAAAUAGAAAACCUGAACAGACCCAUAACCACUAAGGAAAUUGAAGCAGUAAUCAAAAAUCUCCCAACAAACAAGAGCCCAGGGCCAGAUGGCUUCCCAGGGGAAUUCUACCAAACAUUUAAAGAAGAAUUAAUACCUAUUCUUCUGAAGCUGUUUCGAAGAAUAGAAAUGAAAGGAAAACUUCCAAACUCAUUUUACAAGGCCACCAUUACAUUGAUCCCAAAACCAAAGACCCCAUCAAAAAGGAGAAUUACAGACCAAUAUCCUUGAUGAACAUGGAUGCAAAAAUUCUCACCAAAAUACUAGCCAAUAGGAUCCAACAGUACAUUAAAAGGAUUGUUCACCACAACCAAGUGGGAUUUAUUCCUGGGCUGCAAGGUUGGUUCAACAUCUGCAAAUCAAUCAACGUGAUACAAUACAUUAAUAAAAGAACAAGAACCAUAUGAUCCUCUCAAUAGAUGCAGAAAAAGCAUUUGACAAAGUACAGCAAGCUUUCUUGAUUGAAACUCUUCACAGUGUAGGGAUAGAGGGUACAUACCUCAAUAUCAUAAAAGCCAUCUAUGAAAAACCUACAGCAAAUAUCAUUCUCAAUGGGCAAAAACUGAGAGCUUUCCCCCUAAGGUCAGGAACACAGCAGGCAUGUCCACUAUCACCACUGCUAUUCAACAUAGUAUUAGAAGUCCUAGCCACAGCCAUCAGACAACAGAAAGAAAUAAAGGCAUCUGAAUAGGCAAAGAAGAAGUGAAACUCUCACUCUUUGCAGAUGAUAUGUACUUUAUGUGGAAAACCCAAAAGACUCCACCCCAAAACUGCUAGAACUCAUACAGGAAUUCACUAAAGUGGCAGGAUAUAAAAUCAAUGCACAGAAAUCAGCUGCAUUUAUAUACAUCAACAACGAGACAAGAAAGAGAAAUUAAGGAGUCGAUCCCAUUUACAAUUGCACCCAAAACCAUAAGAUACCUAGGAAUAAAUCUAACCAAAGAGGCAAAGAAUCUGUAUUCAGAAAACUAUAGAAUACUCAUGAAAGAAAUUGAGGAAGACAAAAAGAAAUGGAAAAAUGUUCCAUACUCCUGGAGUGGAAGAACAAAUAUUGUGAAAAUGUCCAUGCUACCUAGAGCAAUCUACACAUUAUGCAAUCCCUAUCAAAAUACCAUCCACUUUUUUCAAAGAAAUGGAACAAAUAAUCCUAAAAUUUGUAUGGAACCAGAAAAGACCCCGAAUAGCUAGAGGAAUGCUCAAAAGAAAAGCAAAGCCAGUGGCACCACAAUUCCAGACUUCAAGCUCUAUUACAAAGCUGUCAUCAUCAAGACAGUAUGGUACUGGCACAAAAACAGACACAUAGAUCAAUGGAACAGAAUAGAGAGCUCAGAAAUGGACCCUCAACUCCGUGGUCAACUAAUCUUCGACAAAGCAGGAAAGAAUGUCCAAUGGAAAAAAGACAGUCUCUUCAACAAAUGAUGUUGAGAAAAUUGGAUAGCCACAUGCAGAAGGAUGAAACUGGACCAUUUCCUUACACCACACACAAAAAUAAACUCAAAAUGGAUGAAAGACCUAAAUGUGAGACAGGAAUCCAUCAAAAUCCUUGAGGAGAACACAGACAGCAACCUCUUUGACCCCAGCCACAGCAACUUCUUCCUAGAAACAUUGCCGGAGGUAAGGGAAGCAAGGGCAAAAAUGAACUACUGGGACUUCAUCAAGAUAAAAAGCUUUUGCACAGUAAAGGAAACAGUCAACAAAACCAAAAGACAACCAACAGAAUGGGAGAAGAUACUUGCAGAUGACAUAUCAGAUAAAGGACUAGUAUCCAAAAUCUAUAAAGAACUUAUCAAACUCAACACCCAAAGAACAAAUAAUCCAAUCAAGAAAUGGGCAGAAGACAUGAACAGACAUUUCUGUAGAGAAGACAUCCAAAUGGCCAACAGACACAUGAUAAAGUGCUCAACAUCACUCAGCAUCAGGGAAAUACAAAUCAAAACCUCAAUGAGAUACCACCUCACACCAGUCAGAAUGGCUAAAAUUAACAAGUCAGGAAAAGACAGAUGUUGGCGAGGAUGUGGACAAAGGGGAACCCUCCUACACUGUUGGUGGGAAUGCAAGCUGGUGCAGCCACUCUGGAAAACAGUAUGGAGGUUCCUCAAAAAGUUGAAAAUAGAGCUACCCUAUGACCCAGCAAUUGCACAACUGGGUAUUUACCCCAAAGAUACAAAUGAAGUGAUCCAAAGGGGCAUGUGCACUCCAAUGUUUAUAGCAGCAAUGUCCACAAUAGCCAAACUAUGGAAAGAGCCAAGAUGUUCAUCACAGAUGAAUGGAUAAAGAAGAUGUGAGAUAGAUAGAUAUAUAUAUAUAUAUAUACACACACACAAUGGAAUAUUAUGCAGCUAUAAAAAAAACCCGAAAUCUUGCCAUUUGCAACGACGUGGAUGGAACUAGAGGGUAUUAUGCAAAAUAAGUCAAUCAGAGAAAGACAGGUAUCAUAUGAUCUCACUGAUAUGAGGAAUUUGAGAAACAAGACAGAGGAUCAUAGGGGAAGGGAGGGAAAAAUGAAACAAGAUGAAACCAGAGAGGGAGACAAACCAUAAGAGACUCUUAAUCUCAGGAAACAAACUGAGGGUUGCUGGAAUGGAGGGGGCGGGGAGGGAUGGGGUGGCUGGGUGAUGGACAUUGGGGAGGGUGAGUACUAUGGUGAGUGCUGUGAAUUGUGUAAGACUGAUGAAUCACAGACCUGUACCCCUGAAACAAAUAAUACAUUAUAUGUUAAUAAAAUUUUUUUUUUUAAAGAGUCAAUGCUCUUCCUGGUCUUACUGUUCCAAUCACAGCCUAGAAGUUCCUUUGACUUGUCAUUUCUGGAAUUCUUCAGCUCAUUUCUGGCUUUAUCCUUGGCCCAUUCACUCCUCCCCACCUACCCUUGGAGGUGAGUCUCUCCCUCCUCUAUCUUUUGAUUCCUGUUUCUUAAACAUCUGUGGGGAAGGAGGAGGGUUGAGACCAGCCAGCUGUGGGGUACAGGUGAGGCCAGCUGCAGAGGAGGUAGACAAGAGCAGAGGAGAGCCCCUGGGGGGGUCUCUUCGGCGAGUUCUGCAGACCAGCAUGGUGAGAACUGAGCUCUUGGUGAACCAAUCAUAACCUGCAACUGCGAACAACACCCCUUGAAAGUUUGUGGGGAUGCCUUCCCAAAGCGGGGAACCUGCUUUAGAUCCAGUCCAAGCUUGUGAAUCAACAGAUUGGGAUUUUUAAAAGCACACAGAGCCCUUUGCUGCAUUAACAGCACUGGACAUGUCUACCCAGUCAAAAGAAAGUAUAGUCCUUCACAAUCUAUGAUGGCAUAUUUUCACACUUUUUUUAAUAGAACACAUUCGUUCAGUCAAUCUUGAAUAUGUUUCUCAGCAUACUUCUCUGCUUUGGUCUCUCUGGUCAUUUUAUCAAGCACUGUAUACAUUUCUCAAUGAGAAUAUGUAAGUACUGGGGCUGGACAGAAGAAUCUCUGGAUUCUGACUAUUAGAAUUGUCAGAAAACACAUCACUUGGAUCCUCUUAAACACUCUGACCAUUGACUAGCCACGUGUCCACUACAGAAACAGCCCAAAGCUUUCUCAAUCCUUUGGACGUCAGUCAUUUUCUGAAACUACAAAACCAGCCACACUCGUGGUGCUGGCAGAGUGCAAAGUGCCCCAACCCCCCCAGCCCUCACAUGAGGAGCGUCUCCACAAAUCUUGGAUCACAGGUGGGUAACCUGAGAAACCAUUUCAGGACCAGUCAUCGUUGCUGAUGCUGUCCCCAGGUGCUCUUUGGUAGCCCCCUCUGACCUUCCACUCUGGCUCCUUUGGCUAAGCCCCACACUGCCGCUCGGCUUAUAGGUGUCCUCUGAGAGAAACAAGAAAACAAAAUAAAGGAUGGCUUUUACGUGAAUGAAACUUAUGUCAUCUUUCUAUUUGAGGAAAUGGAAAAGAAUUAAAAACCAUCAGAUAAAAUCUUCCAGCCAGUUAUUCAAGUCAGCCAUAGCUUUAUAGAGUUGCCUGUUGCCCACUAGAGGGACUCGUUUCAACGUGUCGCUGAGGACCGGGCAUGCUGCAGCCGCACAACAAGGUGCCCUGACUGAAACCAGCCCUGGAUCUGUGAAAGAUGGCUAGAGUCUGGAGUCCACACUGAACACCCGCCAUGCCUUAUGAAAUAAUUAGUAAGUUAGAGAUCCUCUAAAUCAGCAUUUCCCAGAGUAUAUUUUGCAAAAUAGGCAGAAGAGUUUAAGAGUUCAAUGAGUUAAUCCCAAGUUGAAAAAAAAUUUUUUUAAUAUAUUUUUUAAAUACUAUGUAUUCUAUUUCUCAUUUGGUUGAUCCCAGUUAGUGAAUUAAAGGAUCUGAGAACUCUUUCAUGAAGGAAGUCUGUAUUUUUUUGUUCAACUCAUGAUUUCCCAAACCUGUUUGACCACAGGAUCCUUUUCUUUGUGGAAUAUAACAUUCCUUGUACAUUCGUAAGGGGGAAGCUGCUGUAACAGAGAUCCAUCC